AUGACACAAUCUCAACAAGAAAUUGAGGAAUUGUACGAUUCUUAUACAAAAAGUGCUGCUAACAUUAUUUCCUACUAUGAAACCAAUGAAAGAAAAAUAAUAUUACAAGAAUUAAGGGAUAUAGUAUUUAAUAAUUGUGUUCAAGAUAACAAAUUAAAGUCAGCAGAAAACAUAAAAAAUCGGUUACAAAAUUUGUAUGCUGAUGAUGAUGAUGAGAAUGAUGAUACACAAGCUAAUAUUGAAUCUACUAUAAAAGAAUAUAAGCAAGCUAUAUCUGAGAUCAGUACUGAUGCUUCAAAUGAUGAGAAACUUUUAGAAUUUGAUAAACAUGUAGAAGCAUUACUAGAUAAAGUAGCAGAUGAAGAAGAUGAUGCAGAUGCAGAAUUACUGUUAACUGGAGGCUACAUAAAUGUAAUUGAUCCAAUUUCAAAAAAAAGAAUUGUGGAUCCUGUAAAGAAUACUAUAUGUGGUCACACCUAUGAUAGAGAAAGCAUCACACAAAUAUUAAAAAUUAACGAAAAAACUAGGUGUCCAGUUGUAGGAUGCACAACUAACGAGUUUGUUACACUUAAAAAACUACGUACAGAUAUUGUGACAAAAGCAUAUCUUGAAAAACAUCCAGAGUGAUGUUUAGUGGUAGAUAAAUUGCAAACAAAAUAUAUCGUAUUAUUUAUA